UGAAGCCCGUCUAUUGCGGAAGAGUGAACGAAAACAAAUAAUCGUUUUAGAAUUGUCGAGUCAAAGUCAGGAGGGACGGUCGAAACAAAACAUUUACACUUGUUCGCUUAGUAACCGUCGUCGUACACCAAGCUCCGUACAAGAUGGAGUUCCUGUUUGGGAAGAGGAAAACCCCAGAGGAGAUGCUGAGACAGAAUCAAAGGGCACUCAAUCGAGCCAUGAGAGAUCUGGACAGAGAGCGACAAAGGCUGGAGCAGCAGGAGAAGAAAAUCAUUGCUGACAUAAAGAAAAUGGCCAAACAGGGACAAAUGGAUGCUGUCAAGAUCAUGGCCAAGGAUUUAGUUCGCACAAGGCGCUAUGUCAAGAAAUUCAUUAUGAUGAGAGCAAAUAUCCAGGCUGUCAGUCUAAAGAUUCAGACGCUUAAGUCCAACAACAGCAUGGCACAGGCAAUGAAAGGCGUCACCAAAGCCAUGGCCACCAUGAACAGACAGCUGAAAAUGCCUCAAAUACAGAAAAUCAUGAUGGAGUUUGAAAGACAGAGUGAAAUCAUGGACAUGAAGGAGGAGAUGAUGAGUGAUGCAAUCGAUGAUGCUAUGGGCGACGAGGAUGAUGAAGAGGAGAGUGAUGCCAUUGUGUCCCAAGUGCUGGAUGAGCUGGGUCUCAAUCUGUCUGAUGAACUGUCAAAUCUGCCAUCCACUGGAGGAAGCUUGUCAGUGGCAGGUGGAAAGAAGGCUGAACCCCAAACCGCCCUGGCAGACGCAGAUGCUGAUUUGGAAGAGCGCCUGAAUAAUCUCAGGAGGGAUUGAAAAUGAAGUGAAUGGCAGACAAGCACACUUUGGCUGGAGUGUUAAUAUAAUUACAAAUGUACUGAGAUGUCUGUUUUUAGAUUUCUUUGGAAGGGAUUGGUGGGGCAAUGUCGUUGGUUCUGGUCAAUGGUCUAUGUUAUAACAGUAUAUGGCUUUCUUUCUCUUUUGAGGUAUUUAUGUUUUAUGUGUGCAGUAUGUGUUUUAUCAGCACACCUAAAAGAUUUAUUGUCAUGCAUAGGGCAAGCAAAUCUUUGUCUUAUUUAAGACACUCCCAAGUGAAACAUUUUAUCCAAAGGACAAGCAUAUAAUUACAUGUAAGUACUAACUCCAUAGCAUGUGAUUUUCACUAUUUAAACUUACACUAAUAAUAAAACAUUCAAUGAAUCCAAAGGUUGGAUGAAAGUUAAGGUUGUAUAAAUGAACAUUUUUAUAUGUUUCACAUUUACGAAUAUCAGCACAUUUUGUACAUCCAGCUAGUUUUAAUGACCUGGGCAUGUGUCAUCAGGAGGAAAGACAAAAAAACACCUUACAUGAGGGUUUAGUCUUGGUAAGCCCCAUUUGGUAUGUUUUGCUUGCUUUUGGUUUACUUUGAACAAUUUGCACUUUUCAGACAGCAACAUAUGAUAGAAAAACAGGACAUUUUUCUGUUGGUGAGGAUGUCCACUCAAAAAGUAUACAUAAUUUGAACAUCCAUGGGUUUUUCUUACGUAGAAAAAAAGAGGUGAUUUUAGAAAAUAUUACCGUAUAAUAAAAGCUAGAGCUAUUCCCUAAAUUGGUUUUUUCACAGGUGGCAAAUGUGCAAAGCAGGGGCACUCACCGCAUGAUGCCUGAUGUCAUCGCCCUUUGUCAGUGGCAUUUUUGAAAUCAAAAGGACUCUUGUUAAGGGUGAUGAAGGGUGGUGUUUAUAUUUCAGAAACUGUCUUAUUUCGAUUUUGUUUAUUCAAUAAACUUUUUUUCAGAUUA